UCAUUUGAGAAUCCCGUCAAUAGCGUAGCUGAACAGGAUAGGCAACAGAAUGCAAUAUUUUUGCAUCCCAGCGCGAAGAUUGAAAGACUAAAAAGGUUCAUUGUGAAUCAGAACUCAAGCAGUACUGAAGCUUUAACCGACGAGACGCGCAGUGUAGUGCAUUUCCACUAUAUGCGGUGGCCGGACUUUGGCGUUCCUGUUUCUCCGAGUAGUAUGCUCAACUUCCUCUGGAGUGUUCGCCGCACUGGCGUUCUCGACGACCCCGAAUUCCCCUGUGUCAUCCACUGCAGUGCUGGUGUUGGAAGAUCAGGAACCUUCGUGCUUAUCGAUUUGGCUCUUGCUCUAAAGCAAUUAUAUGUUCUUGUAUCUGGACGGUUCCGCAACAGUCUUUUAUACAAUUCUGGGAAAACCAAAUCGUUAACCGAGGUGCUGCUGUACUUGACCAAGAGGGGCACACUCACGGAGGAGUUUUCACACAACAGUUCCCAUUUCGAAAACGAGAUCCCCGUUUAA